UGUACGGACUGUAGGCUGGGAUUGGGUCCGAAUUCCGUUUCAGAGGCUGACUCGUUAACCUGGAUCCGAACUCAGAGAACCUUGACAGCGUCUUUUUCUUGUAUAGCUGGAUGUUUAAAUAUGUUCAUUUAUUUAGAGAGCCUUUUUUAGUCACCGGUAAGGGAACUUUCCUUUAAACUCUGUUGCAGAACAAAGGAUAAUACCAUUGACUGCACGCUAAAUGCCCUAAAAUAAUAUAAGUAAGCACGCUUAUAUUGCAUGUGUUACGUUCAGAUUUAUCAUAUUUUAGGUUGAUCGUAACAGAGCCUGUUGUUCUAAGCCAGUGUUGUUGUUUAGUAGCAGCAUUUCAUCUCUGUGCUCAGCUCACAACAAGCUUCUUCCUCCGCUGCAUCAAUCCGGUUAAAUUUAGUUUACUCGGGAAAAUGAUGCGGAUACCCAGAGGCGUCUCUCCCGCCCCGGCUCGGCCGCCGAUGGGGCUCUCCUGCUCUCAGCAGAAGAUGAAGGUUUUGACCACCGGCGGAGUGAAGACCGAGCUCUUCUGCACCGGACUGUCCAGCCCGCCGAUGAGCACGGUACCGGUCGGAUACUUCACCCAGAUCGGGAACACGACAGCGGCCGAACAAAGAGCCAACAGUCUGUACUCAACCCCCCACGGACCGGACGCGAAACCCAUCAGAUCAUCCUCCGGGCGGCUGCCGGCAAAAAGGAAGCUGGACCUGGAAGACCCUCUCUACCUGCCCGAGUUCCGCACACCCAAGGGCAAAAGUAGCCUCGCAGCAGGACUACCAAGCCCACGAACUCCAAAGUCUCCAGGCGAGCGGACGCGCUACGACACUUCGUUGGGCUUGCUGACCAAGAAGUUUGUGGGACUGAUCGCAGAAUCUCCUGAUGGAGUUCUGGAUCUCAACUGGGCUACUGAAGUUCUGGAGGUCCAGAAGAGGCGGAUCUAUGACAUCACCAACGUCCUAGAAGGGGUCCAGCUCAUCCGAAAGAAGUCGAAGAACAACAUCCAGUGGCUGAUGGGAAAUGUUUUUGAAGGCGGUGUUGCUGGGGGUGAAAAGGCCUUUGCUCUGAAGAGAGAACUGGGAGACCUGGAGAGAGCGGAGAGAUCCCUGGAUGACCUGAUUCAGUCCAGCACCACUCAGCUCAAACAGCUCACAGAGUUCAAAGACAGCCAGAAUCUGGGCUAUGUGACGUACCAGGACAUCCGCUCCAUCGCCAGUCUCCGAGAUCAGACGGUUAUUGCUGUCAAAGCUCCUGCUGAGACCAAGCUGGAGGUGCCAGACACUGCUGGGGGCUCAUUGCAGAUCUAUUUAAAGAGUAGGAAUGGCCCUAUAGAAGUUUACCUGUGCCCUGAGGAAGGACUUGAAGAUGCGAGCCCUGUUAAAAGUGCUGUCACCCCUAAAAAGGAAAACCUCGAGUUACCAGUUACGACCCCAGCAGCACAACAAGUCCAGAGUGUAAAAGAGGAGGCUGUAGAAGUGAGUGUAUCCACUGCAGCUCCACCUCCAGACACCUCCUCAACAGCUACAUCUGCUCCCCCUCUGCUCGACGUCGAGGGUCUUCUGGGUUUGCCUCCGAGUAUUCUUCAGAUCACAGAGGACCAGCUGCCUGGCGCCUCGUUCACCACAGACCCCAACACUCCCUUUGUCAGCUUCUCUCCAUCUCUAGACCACAGCGACUACCUCUGGAGCCUGGAGGAUAGCGAAGGGGUGUCGGAUUUCUUCGACACCUACGAUCUCGGAGACUUAUUGAAGAGCUGAGGCUGAAAAUGAAGGGGGGGCCAAUGAUGUAGGAAAAAUAUGGGAAAUAUUUAAAGGAAUGCCUGAUUGAGGCAAAUAAUAUUACACUAUGAAGCCAUUGCCUAUUUUUAUUACUUUAGAGCCAGUUGUUGGAUGUACAGUGUAAACCAUUUGAACGUAUUGGGGUGACUGAGCUGGCGUGCAGUCAAGAGUUGAGCCGCCUCUAAGAACUAGGAAGCAAUCUUAAAUCGCGGGGAUUUUGGGGGUUUGGAGGAACAUUUUUAUACAGUGCUGAGAUUAGAAACUUAAAUCAAAAGAGGAGGAGCUUAUGUAUGCAUACCAUUUCAUGUGGAGAAAAUGUGAAUGUUGGUAUGAAGCGAGGUUUAAUGUGACCCAACUCAGGAUUUCUUUUUCCCCCAAAGCCUAAAAGGAUUUGACCUAUAGGGGGCAGUCUGGGAUUAUGUCAGCUUUAACUCUAUUGCAGCUUUAUGGGAUUUUAACACUGGAUAAAAGUAAGCUGUAGCCGCAGCUUUGAUUCAGUUUUCACUUGUAUCACAACAAGCUGUGAUUUAGUCCAGCCUCUUAUGUCUGUGUGAAAUUUGUGCAGAGUUACUGGACGUACCAUGUCUGAUUUUAAAGGUGCUCAUGUUGCUUUUGUCCCAUCAGGUUUACUGUUCCCUGUCUGAAGUUUAGUAUCAGGUCCUGUAUGUGUUCGGUGCCAAAGCUGUGCCAACUGAGACCGAACGCCCUGUUUGAUGAUGUAAAUGAUAGCUACGCUGAGAAGCAAUCACUGACGCUCUCUGGUUUGGCAGCUUUGAUUCUAAUCUGGUAGCUUCCUGUUAAUCUGACUUCUGGAUUUUGCAGUUCAAAACCACUAUUGUAUUUCUAAUUAAACAUUCUAAAAUCAAUUGAAAAUAGCACUUGUAUUACAGGUGAGGUGGGAGUGGGGGUUUAUUAAACGUUUUUCUGGAAGCGUUCCAGAGAUUUGAACAUUUGAAUUUCAUGCUGAAGUUUAUUUUUUGGCUUUCCCUCUCCAAUGCAGAGAUAAGCUACCAGCCCUGUCCUAACAAAACUUGAAAAAUGUGUUUGUGUGUUUGGCAGCUUGGUAUAUGGGUGUCCUGGUGUGUUUGUGUGUGAGUUUUUAUUGAAUAGAAUAGAGAAUGUAAUUUGAAAAUUUGUAGAAUAUUUUUUUUUUAAUGAGCAUUUUUUUGUUGUUGGUAUUUGUACAUAAAUUCAUUUGUAUUUAUACCAUUUUUUUCAGGAUUUUUGACUGUUUUAUAAGACUUGCAGCACUUAAUAUUUUUUUAAUAUUGUGUGUUCUGUUUGAAGUUAUUGAAUAAAUACUUUGUUUACAGUU